AUGCGGCAACCCAUCCAGAUGGAAGAGUUUUAAUCAUAAANUAUGUUUAAAAGAAGAGAUUUCUUUAGAAGCAAUAACAUUUAUAAAUAAGGAGUUGUAUUCCUCAUCUAUUAAAAACUUUUAAGUAAUUAAUUGAGAUAUCUUAUUUAUUAGGUUUAUGGAAGUGUUGUUUAUCCGACCAAGGAAUGGGAACUUUUAGGUAAUUUUUUUGCGGAAGACACAAAUGAAUGGUAGAUUUUCAAUUUGGAUCAACGAUUCUUGAGAUAUUUAAAAAUACUAAUUGUUGAUUUUCAUAACGCAGAAUUCCAUUGUACUUUAACUCAAAUUAGGUUAAUUUUUAUUAUUAUUAAAAUUAGAGUCUUCGGAAAAACUGUUAUUGGAGAUUUGAUUGAUUCGCAUAAGAGAGAUAAGGUUAUUAAACCAGAAACUAAAACUAUAAAUUUAACUUAAGAGUAAUAAGAAAUUAAAUUAAAUGAGGUUUCAGAAGAAGAAGAUCGAUCAAAAAAUGAUACAUGCUCUGUUGUUGAUUAUUUUUAUAGCAACCAACUUUCAAAAAGAAUUGAAAAUUAAUACAUUAAUGUCCUACCAUAUGAAACGAGACAAUCCCUAUUUAAAGUGACUGCUCAGAAUAUCCUAAUAUUAUCUCAUAAUGUAGAAUUAUUUAAAAAUGAAAUCAAUUAAAUAAAACACUAAGACAUAUAGUAUUAAAAUGAAUAGGAUCAAAUUAAGGUAUUUCAAUAAUAAUUGAUCACAUCAAUAUAAGAAUAAAAAUUAAUAAAUGAAAAAUUAGAGAAUGAGUUGUAUUUUAUCAAUCUAAAAUUGAUAACCAUGUUCAUUAUACUAAUAGGAAUAACUUUAAUUUUGUUGUUUAUCAGUUUUUGCAAUCAAAAUAAAUAAUCAACAAUUGAACAAUAAAGAGUAUCUUUUAAAGCUUAAAGUACAAUCAUUAAAUCUUAGCCUGAGUUGAUUACUUCUAAACUCAUUGAAAAUAAUGCUAACAGCAGUAAUACUACCAAAUAAAUAAAAAGCUCAAAUGGGAAAUUAAAAAAAUCACAUUGA